AUGUUUGGAGGAGUGGAAGUGCUGUGCGGACUUCAGCUGGCACUUCUCCAGGCCUCCUGGAUGGAUCCUCCCAGAGUUGAUAGGGCUCUUCCGGCAUGCCUGCGGGCGGGCGGGCGGGCGGGCGGCGGUCUCCCCCGCGACCCCGCCCUGAAUCGGGCUCUUGGCGGGUUGCGGUGCGGCGUCCGGCCCGCUGCUUCCCUUGCGGGGCCCCUGGCCUGCGCUCUGGCCCGGCGGGCGGGGCCGAGGCUUCCUGGCGCUCGGGAAGUUGAGGGGCCGCGGAGGCUGGAGCUGAGCGAGCGGCGGGCCCCGCGCGGAUGCGGCGCUUUCUCUCGAGAAACUUUCUCGCGGUUUUUAAACUUUAUCCCGGCCGACUCGGUGCGCGCGCCGGGUCCCCUCGGCCGCCUUCCCCUGUGGAGGGGAGCCUGCGCGCUGUUUCCGGUGCGGGAGUGGCGGGGAGCUGAGCUUCCUUGUGAAGUGAUUGUGGUUUGUGGUUUCCGUGGUCGCACCCUCCUCCUCCUCCCCCCGCCACCGAAACUUGUUGGUCUGGUGGACUUGAGGUUCACUGAGGCCGCGCUCCGGCUUGCCGGGCCCCGCGCGAGGGUGCGAGUGGGGUGCCGCCUUUCUCUGACCGGGUCUGGCUGGGAAGGUGCGCCACACCCGAGUGGACUUUUGGCGUGUACCAAGUUAACCUUUGUUGUGAAAUUACUCAGACUUCUUGUGCUGGUGGACAGGACGCGCCUCACUCUGGUAAGGAUCCAACUUCAUCCUUUUACACAUGGACAUGCAGUUUACUUCGCAGCAUUUGUUGGAAAGACUGUCAUUUCCUCAUUGAAUGGUCAUGAUACCCUUACUGAAAAUCAUUUCACUGUAAAUGUGAGCGUUUGUUUCUGGAUGAUCUAUCUGUUCUGUUGGUCUGUAUGUCUUUAUGCCAGUACUACAUACAUAAUAGUAUGCCAGUACUAUUUUGAUAAUUGUAGCUUUGUAUUAAACUGAUGUUAAAUUAGCUCUUGAAGUUAGUAAUAUUUUGUACAUUUAUAUUCUGUGGUUCCGUUGUAUGUACAUGCUGUUGAGAAAAUAAAAUAAAUUCAUUUAACUUCUGUACAUCUUGAUUGUGGAGAUGAUUACUCUGCUGUCUGAGUUUGUUAAACCUUAUGUAUGGAAUAGUACACCAGAGUCCAUUUUACUGCGUGUGAAAGUGAUAAAAUAGGUAAAAAAUAAUCGUAUCCAAGGCCAAUUAUCGUUUCUGCUUUUCUCAGCUCAAAUCAUUUUUUCCUUGUGAGUGAUUGUGAAGACACACCUUUAAAAAGUAUUCAAAGAACUUUGGUUAUAAUGUAUAUGUUGGAGGAUUUAAGUCUUACUAGUUCCUUCUGUUUUCUUUUUUUUCCUUCUGUUUUCUUUUAAGAAAAAAAGUUAAAGUGGCGACUAGUGGC